CGAGCUUGGCUGAAGGAUUCAACGGGAUUUCACGAGAGCAUCAUUCCAAAGUGGGCCAUGGCAGUCGCGAAUGGAAGGUCGUUCGCAUCGGCCAGCAAAUUGUCUAGGAGGUGGCCUGCAUGCCCGCGCAGGGUCCACGGGCUCCCGCAGAGCCUAGGCGGUUGACAGCAGCCUGCAGGCACAGCAAUAGCGACGUUUGUCAAGACGGUCAAGACACCAGGCCAGCGCCGUCACGGCCGAGAGAAACAUGUCAUCGACCUGCAGCGACCUCGGAUCUCUCGUCGUCAGAGUUUCACGCUCGCAUCCGCCCACCAGGACGUCCGAAACCUCGGGCGCUAAUACAGGCGCGCGGCGCACCUGAGACCAGUUCGCCGUGUUCAGUUCCGCCAGAUCUCGUGCCAUCGGCGCACACGACAAGUUGCGCAACAGGCGGCGGCCUUUCAUGCAGGAGGCGUUGUCCCUUCGACGACGAUCGCGCAAAGAGGCAGCGAUCUGCCACACUUCCAAUCAUACCCGAAUGUUAUAUCGAUGGCUUAAUGAUUAUGGUUCUCCUGAGCAUGGACGCUAUCCCCCGGCUGUGCGGCGUGCUCGGCUCAAGUCAGCUCGUCCAGCAACGUCUUCUAUGUCCGCCGCGAAAAGCCGCGAAAAUAGGCGCGCAGUCUGAUGACACACACAGCCAUUGCCAUCAGCAGUGCGUGCGACACACAGCGCGGCACGAAUCCGAUGGGCGCUGUUUCAUCAAUUCUGGCCCAGUUUCUGGCGCGCGUGGGCCGCCGCAUCAUGGGAGCUCCGUGCACUCCUGAACACCUAUCCGGCAAAUCACAAGCCGUUAUCUGAGGACAUCCAACGCCACAUUCAGGGACAAGCGCGGCUUCCUUGCAGGGCUCACAAAGUGUCUCGAGUUGGAGCUUGUCUGUGGUCGCCUGCUCGUUCGUUUUUGAUUGCCUCGACUCAGGCUUUUGAUAGUGCAUUUGUCUGGUUUUCUCGCUACCACAUUGUUCACUUCAUCAUUCGUCGGGUCUAACAUUGCGAGCAUCGUCCACGGGGCUAAAGACUUUCCAACCAGGGUGUCGUCCGCUAGACGUCUUCAGACCGCUCUGAGGAGU